CAAACAGUGAUGAACUGCAGCCCGCACCCGCCAGCUCCUAAUCGUCAUCUUGCCAAGAGGCGCGGGUUCUGGAUCUUUGGCGCGUAAACUGGAGUGACUGGGCGCCCUGAACUACCAUGGUCCGCCGCAGUUUCGCAGACCAGACCAACCUCUCCAAAUCUACCUCCGUCAUACCUGACCCUGGUUUCGCAUGUUGAGCAAUUCGAUCGGCCACUUUCAUUGCUUUACCAAUCCACGACAAGAAAUCCAUCUCGGUCGAUAGAGCUUCGACUUCGCCUGAACAAUCUCAAAGACUCCUCCAGCUCAUUUGCGCGCAACUGCGACUUCACUCAACAUGUCUGUCGAACUCCUGCCAGCCGAAUUGGGCUUCCGACGCCCGUUCAACCAAGAAGUCACAGAGACUUUGAGGCUCACAAACGCAAACAGUGCUCCAGUGGCUUUCAAAGUCAAAACCACUGCGCCGAAACAAUAUUGCGUGCGACCUAACUCGGGCAUGAUCCCACCCAACGAAGCCGUUGAAGUGCAAGUGCUUUUGCAGGCCAUGAAAGAAGAGCCUCCUCUAGAUGCCAAAUGUCGAGAUAAAUUCCUCGUCCAGACCGUCCUGACCUCAGCGGACCAAGAUCCCAACGUGACCACUCUUUGGCAAACAGUGGAGAAGACUGCCAAACACACCAUUCAAGAGAAGAAGAUUAGGGUCAACUUCCUUUCCGCAACUGGCGGAACACCCAAUGGUGUGACCUCUCACGAAGAACAGCCACCUGCCUAUUCUUCUCCUUCGCAGUUUGACUCUCCCGCUCCACGAAACUCCAUCGGUGGGGUCUCGACGGCCGAGUCUGCCAGAACAUCCAUGGCUAAUGCUGCCGAAUCCACCGGGCUGAUGUCUGCGGCCGCUACCAUCUCCAACGCUGUACCUACAUCAGGCCAAGAGGUGCAGGACCAGCUGGCUGCGGCGAAGGCUCAGAUCAAGACAUUGAGCGACCAGGUACAAGAUCCGCAAUUUCGACAGAGGAAGGUUCAAGAAGCCAGCGACAAGGUGCAGACUGUGGUGCAACAGAGCCAGGAAACUGGAGUACCACUACAGAUUGUCGCCGGGUUGUGCUUACUCAGUUUCCUGAUUGCAUAUUUGUUCUUCUGAGAUGCAUCGGGCAGAAAGGGGGCUUGAGGAACAACUGCUUGAGGUCGACUCGGUUGUUCCUCAAGCUUGGAUAUGAAUUCCUGUUCAGGGCAUGUUUAGGCAAACGACAAAUGAGUGUUAAUGACUAUGGCGGUCUAGAAUGAGAUGCCUUGUGGUAUCAGAUUUUCGAUCAAAAACUGGGUGUGCUCCACGGAGUAGCGCCUCACCAUGGGACGCGCUCCAAGUGAUGUCGGACUGCCCUGGAGUCUACUGUCAAGAAGUCGGAUCGGCGGGCCAAUCGCCAGGAAAUGUGUUUAUUGAGGUUUCUCUUUUCAAGUUCCAAUGUAAGCGUACAAAUAAGAGCAAUCGCCAGGUUCCAGUACCGGAAAUGGGGUGCAAAAUGCAGCAGAGUUGCAGAUCAUGUUGUGUUGUAUUUCGUCCAGAGAAUGCUUAGUUAUUGCCCUACGAAGGUUCCCAUGCGUCUAUCAUAUUAUUGUAC